UAGAUCACAACUAUUGUUAGAAUGAUCCUUUGUGCAAACUUCUGAUCCACCUGAGCAACUGUCUUUUUUACCUCUUGUUAUUCGCCAUUAAAAUUUCAGGAAUCGAAUCGCUGCACGUUAAAUUGUUACCGGGUGUUGACACAGUUUGGGCAAUUUUUGAUUAAUUGAAAACUGAUGCACCAAACCUUCUGUAACUUCUCUCACUUUCAACAAGUGCGAAUGAAAAAUCUUGCCCAUUUUUUUGUAUUCAUAAGCUAUCUGGAUCCCGAAACCGUACUAAUUAAAUACAGGUCAUAGGGUCUCUACCAUAGAAUGAGUGGGUGUGAGUACAUGAAUUCCGUUGGUUGUUUUAUUAUGGCUCAUUUCUCAGUUAGCUAAGCUGCGGUGCAGGCUGUACCAAUUUCCAACAUCUUCUCAGUCAAUAUAAAGUGAUUUUGUUUGAUCAGAUCGGUUUGAUUAUAAAGUGAAUGCUUGUAUCGUGGUUCCCAAAGGGAUAAUUCAAAUAAUGGAAUAAAUAAUUCUGACAGCGUUUGUCGAAGUAGAGACACCCUCCACCACCAGAAUGUUGCACCCAUUGUUCUAUUUGGGUUGGCAAAAAAAUAAAAUAUUUCAACAAAGAAAAAAUGUGGUGGCUAACAUUUGCGAUAUGCUUAGCCUGUGCGUAUGGGCAAGUACCUGAUAAUGUGGAUCCAAAUCGUGGCACAUGGAACAGGUACAAUGAAAAUCAAGACCGAGAUCGAGACCAGAAUCUCGGUUUUGGAUACAGAAAUAGCGGUGGCCAGAAUGACAAUGUCAUAAUUAAAGAAGCGAAUGAUACUUACGAUAUUAAAUUUUCCAAUGCAUAUCGAGAAUCCUCGAGUCGGAUACCAGACCCUAUGACUUAUUUCGUCGUUUCUUCACGCAUGGUGCGCCCUGACCAAAUAUAUCGAGUGGCCGUCAACGUGCUGUCAAGUCCGUUGCCUUUAACCAUACGAUCAUCCAUACAGUGGAACGGUAUCGAAAUAGCAGCUGCUCACGAAGAUGUCAAAGAAGGAAUACCAGAAACUUUGAUGAUGCGAAUUCCACCGACAUCGAUCACAGGAGAUUAUAGACUUCGGGUUGAGGGAUUGUACAACUCACUAAGCGGAGGUCAAGCUUUUCUUAAUGAAACAAAAUUGACAUUCAGUCAGAGAUCUAUGACGAUUUUCAUACAACUCGAUAAGCCUGUAUACAUGCAAGGACAAACCGUGAGAUUUAGAACUAUUCCCAUCAAUACAGAACUACGAACAUUCAAUGAUCCCGUUGACGUAUACAUGCUUGAUCCAAAGGGAAGAAUAAUGAGAAGAUGGCUCAGUCGACAAAGUAACUUAGGGACUGUUUCCUUGACAUAUCAACUCUCCGAUCAACCCGUAUUUGGGGAAUGGAAGAUCCAGAUCAUAGCGCAGGGGCAGAUAGAGGAGAAGAACUUUUUGGUUGAAGAAUAUUAUCAAACGCGAUUCGAAGUUAACGUGACAAUGCCGGCAUUCUUUUUCGACAAUGAUCAGUACCUUCAUGGUAUAAUUAAUGCUAAUUUUACAUCUGGAGCUCCGGUCAGAGGGAAUCUCACAUUAAAAGCAAGUUUUCGACCCAUCGACAGAUUGCAUUCAACUUCGGUGCAAAAUGAAAUACCUGACAAAUACUUUAACUUUGACGAAUAUUAUCCGGCCUGGUUCAAUAAACCGGACAAAUUCCAGUAUGACAGAAUACCUGUCCUAAGAUUUUUCAACGGCACUUAUAACUUCAAGUACCCGAUGCAAGAACUGCUUCAGUAUGCUCCUUCUUUGGACAGGAUGGAGGUUACAGUCACAGCAACCGUGGGAGAAAGAUUCUUGGAAGAAAUAAUCACGGGAUAUUCUACAGCUAGGAUUUACAACUCCAGCAUAAAAAUUCACUUUUUUGGAGGUUCGCCGCAAGUUUUUAAACCACCCAUGCCUUUCCAUUUGAAUAUAGUUGCGUCCUUCCAUGACGAUUCACCUUUGAGACAAACUCAGCUGACAAAUGCUAGAAUGGAAGUGAGAUCAGAUAUUGAAAUGCGUGGAGGGGGCCGACGAUCCAUUGACACGCAAUAUUUGAGACCCAGUGCGUACAGCGAUGCCAUAUGGUCGAUGAAAAUUGAUCUCAAAAGCCAAUUGGGACUCGACGAUAGUCCGCAGAGAGCACAACAAGUGUUGAAUGAUGUUGCUUCAAUGAAAAUAUACGCUUACUUAGUCGAUGGGGAAGGUUAUAGAGCCCAGAGUGAAUUGCUAUUACUCGCUCACGAAUCUCCAAAUCAUAAGCAAAUCAAGGUCUCCACGUCAACAGAAAACGCCAAAGUCGGGGAGUACAUCAUCCUACACGUACAGACUAAUUAUUACAUCGACUAUUUCAACUACAUCAUAAUGUCUAAAGGAACAAUUUUACUCAACGAUCAAGAGAGUAUGCAAGAUAAUAUUAGGACUCUGGCGAUACCACUGAGUCCGGAUAUGGCUCCGGUAGCCACAGCUGUAGUUUAUCACGUGGGACGUUACGGAGAAGUCAUUGCCGACUCCUUGACGUUUCCCGUCAAUGGUAUUUCCAGGAACAAUUUCACUCUGUUCAUAAACAACAAGAAGGCAAGGACGGGUGAAAACGUUGAGAUCGCAAUUUACGGAGAGCCCGGAGCUUACGUUGGUUUAUCUGGUAUCGACAGAUCGUUUUAUACGAUGCAAGCUGGUAACGAGUUGACCUAUGCCAAUGUCAUAUCUAAGAUGGCUCACUUUGGCGAAGAGACAAAUGGCACUCACUUUCACUCGUGGUUGUCCCAUGGAGGAGAUCCUGAUGAGCAGGUAUAUUUUCCAUCAUCGACUUACGGAAUCGACGUUAACAGAACUUUCGAAUAUAUUGGUUUGGUAGUCUUCACUGACGCUGUCAUAUACAGAAGACCCGAGAAUUGUAACAGGACUCAAGGUUUUGCGGAAUGCUUGACCGGCAGAUGUUACAGGAUAGAGAAAAAGUGUGACGGAGUAUUGGACUGCGAAGAUGGGACGGAUGAAGCACUGUGUACUCAAGGAAAUGCGACAGAGCUUGCCAACUUCAGAAAAUGGAGAUUCAACAGGAUUCAAAGGCAGUACGAAAACGUCUGGCUAUGGAAAGACAUCAACAUCGGACCUCAUGGGAGGCAGAUAUUCAAUAUCGAUGUACCCAAAAGGCCUGUCCAUUGGAUGGUCACAGCCUUCAGCAUGAGCCCUACAAUUGGAUUUGGGAUGUUGCCAAAGGCCAUAGAAUAUAUCGGAGUGUUGCCUUUUUACAUCAACGUUGAAAUGCCAAGUAACAGUAAACAAGGAGAACAGGUUGGAAUUCGAGUUUCAGUUUUCAAUUACAUGAAACAGCACAUCGAGGCAAUUGUGGUGUUGGCGGAUUCGAAGGAUUAUAAAUUCGUGCAUGUCGAAGCAAACGGUAUCGUACAAUCUUACAGGCCUAGAACCUCGUUCGGUGAACAUCAAUUCUUCAUUUGGAUACCUGCACAGGAUGCUUCGGUUGUUUAUUUACCGAUAGUACCCACGAGACUAGGAGAUAUCAAGGUUCACAUAUACGCAACUACACUCAUCGGCAGAGAUCAAGUGACGCGCACUCUACACGUUGAGCCUGAUGGUCUGCCUCAGCAUCGACAUCAGUCGAUACUCCUUGACUUGAGUAAUCGAGCAUACGUUUUCCAGUACAUGCAUGUUAAUAUCACCGAAACACCGAUUAUACCUUACGACGAAGAUCGUUACUAUAUAUUUGGUUCGAACAAGGCAAUAAUAAGUAUUGUCGGUGACGUGGUUGGUCCAAUAUUCCCCACAAUGCCUGUAAAUGCUACGAGUUUAAUCGGCCUUCCUAUGGACAGUGCGGAGCAAAACAUGUUCAGUUUUGCUGCGAAUAUGUACACGACUCUCCAUAUGAGAUUGUUGAAUCAGCGUAAUAGGACCCAAGAAAAGGACAGCUUUUACUACAUGAACAUCGGAUAUCAAAGACAAUUAUCAUUCAUGCAAAUGGACGGAUCGUUCAGUUUGUUCAGAAGCGACUGGAAUCAAUCAGCUUCGAGCGUUUGGUUGACAGCUUACUGCGCUAGGAUAUUCCAAGAGGCGCGAUUUUAUGAAUGGGAAAAUUAUCUGUACAUCGAUCCAGAUGUAAUUGCGCAAUCGGUUUCAUGGAUACUGCGGCAUCAAACGCCAGAGGGUUCCUUCUACGAAAUAACAUGGCUGCCUGAUCGCAAGAUGAACAGCUCUCUCAAUUAUUUCGACGAUCCCAUCCGACAUAGAAACAUAUCGCUGACUGCCCAUUGUUUGAUCACUCUAGAAACUGUCAAGGACUUAACGGGUGGUUUAGGUGCUCAAGUAUCCGUGGCUGCAGUUAAUGCGGUGAGAUGGCUUGAAAGAAAUUUAGGAUUGUUAGACAGAAGUGGAAAGCCAUACGAAGUGGCAAUCGUUGCCUAUGCUCUGCUACUUGCCAAAGCCUCGUCUGCGGAGUAUGCCUUUGAUAUUUUAGCCAGGAUGGCGAGGAGAGAAGACGGUCUCACUUAUUGGGGGAGAGAAGUUGUCCCUCUGCCGCCACAAAAAUUAGAAAAUCAGAAGCCGUUCUCUUUGCCACGUCUUCCAUACGCUUAUGAUUCCGAAAACAUUGAAACAACCGCUUACGCGCUUCUGGUGCACGUAGCUAGACAAGAAGUGAUGACCGAACCUAUUGUCAAAUGGCUCAAUGCCCAACGUUUGACCGAUGGAGGGUGGGCCUCGACUCAAGACACCGCAUGGGCUAUGAAAGCUUUGAUGGACUAUACCGUAAGAUCGAGAAUCAGGGACGUCAGUUCCUUACAGGUCACUGUGGAAGCCACUGCUUUACCUGGGAAGACCAAGACGCUGUACGUAAACAACAAAAACUUGGCAAGACUCCAAACCAUCGAGAUACCGGAGGCAUGGGGUACAGUUAAAGUGCAAGCCAAAGGAGCUGGUUACGCCAUAUUACAAAUGUCUGUCCAAUACAAUGUCGAUAUCAAGAAAUUCCAAACACAACCACCUGUCAGAGCCUUUGAUUUAGUGACCCGAGCUAAUUUCCAUGGAAGGAAUCAGUCUCACAUCACCUAUACCAGCUGCCAAAAAUGGACAAAUACCAACGAGUCCUCGCGCUCUGGGAUGGCUGUUUUGGACGUCACAAUCCCGACAGGAUAUAUCAUACAGCAACAGAACUUGGAUAGAUAUAUUUUGUCCAGGCAAGUUCGGCUCCUGCAACGCGCUCGCUUCCAAGAGAAAAAAGUAUUAUUUUAUUUCGAUUAUUUGGACGAAGAGGAGACUUGCGUAAACUUUACAAUCGAAAGGUGGUACCCUGUCGCCAAUAUGUCGAGAUAUUUACCUAUUAGAGUUUACGAUUAUUACGCACCCGAACGUUUCAACGAAACUAUAUUUGACUCGUUACCGACGUACAUUUUGAACAUUUGCGAGGUCUGCGGCAGCUCCCAAUGUCCGUAUUGUCACAUAUACAACGGGGCUAUACUUUUGGCUACUCCCACCGGAUUCGUACUGAUGCUUUCACUGGUCGUGACCAUAACGAGGUACUUCAGAACACAACAAUUUAACGUAGGGUAGAUUCAAUAGACGUUGAAUUCGAUUUCAACGGACAGAGAGAUUUCGAGAGACAGAGUUAUUUCUCACUAUAGAGUAUCGAGAGAAAAUGAUCAUCAAAAAUCUUGUAUAAAAACAAAAAGAAUAUUUAGACUACUCGAGAAUCACUGUUUAAAGUUGUUUAAUUUUAAUACAGGAUAAAUUCGUAUCAUCUUUACCAUAUACUAUAUUUAUACACAUAAUACGAAUGUUGUUUUUGGUGAAAUUCAACAUCGCGUAAAACACGAUAAUUUUAAUAUGUAUAGAUUAAAAAAAGCCUAAGGAUUCUCAGUAUCAAGUUCAAAAUAUCGGAGUGUACUCAGAACGUUGUUAGUAACUUCACCGGAGUUGCCUUAUCGAGAUAUAAUAUGUUAUAGGGAUAUACGAUAUAUUAUAAUAUAUAUUUUUUAGAUCGACGAACAAACUGAGUUAUCAUGCUAUUCAUUUUUAAAUAGUUACACUACGUUAAGGAUAUAACUUUUUGAUACGUCGCCACGUUCAUCGUAGCUAUUUGUGUAAAAAGUUAGAUUUGUUUUUUGUUUUUAAUAACGUUUAUAGACUCUUAUUCUUCGACGCAAUACUCGAAAAAAAUACACGUAACAUUUUCAACCUUUUAUAUCAUCGAUGGCUCGUCGACGAAAUGCCGAAAGCGAUAUUACAGGUCGUAACAACGACGAGGGCUUUGUAUUUAUCGUCUGACAAAGUGGUACAAAGUAAAGUUUUAACACGCACGAUACUUGUGAAGCAGAAUUACCGUUUUUCGGUAGGCAUAAGAGAAACGAUAUUGGGACUAGUUAUUUGUUGCAAAUUGAAAUUCUCCGUCCAUUUUUAAUGUUUCAAAGAAAUUACUUGUGAAAACAAAUGUCAGCAUCUGAUGCAUUUCAUGUAUACAUACUUAUAUUUCGGUUUGGUUACGACGAAUUCAUUCAAGUGUGAUCUUGGGAGGCAAAUUGCUGGUAAAUUCAUAACUAAGCCACGUGUCAUUUUGUCUUCGCUAUAGUAAAAUAGUUAUUUAUUUUAUUGAUCCACUUGUCAAAGACUUUGUAAACCAAAUCUUCAACUUAAUAUUAUUCCAUCCAGAUCUAUAAUUUUUAAGUUAACUUUUAAGCUAGUUUUUUAUUUUAGGGAAUUAACGCUGCUUUUGAAAAACAGUUUAGAUACUCGAUAAACACCACGCUGAAUUUGUACCAUUACGUAAUGUACAAAAAUAUUUCACUCACUUCGAGUCCGAUGCCAUGUGUCUGUUUUUUAACUAAAUAACAUUAAACCACGAGGGUGCCUUUCCGAUUGUAUUUUAUUUUUUUUACCUAAGGAAUGAAAAUAAAGUCCAUUUUCAUCUUAUAUUAUCUUUGGUGGUAAAGAUAAUUUUUUUUUUCAAAAGCAGUAAAAUUGAGUCUCAUAAAGCCGUCCAUAUUAUAGCGUAUAGGCUUAUUGCAAAACAAAAAUGUAAUUCAUAUUUUAAAAGAAAAAAAAGUAGUUUAUAUUUUAAAAGUUGCGAUAUUAUUCUAUUUAAUUUCAAUGAUAUACCAUACUAUCUGGAAGCAUACGAAGUAUAUGAUCUUUUUAUACAAGAUUUUAAAAAAUAAGAAGAAAAAAAACCAGUACCUAAAACAAACGACCAACGCACAGAGAAUAUAACGACAUCGUAUUGCAAUUAAUAAUAAAUAUUUAGUCGAUGAAUCGUACGUUGGACAUGUUUUUAUGUUUUAUAACGUUUAUCUAAAUAAACUGUGAAAAAAUA